GGCAGCUUGGGAGCCCUGGCGUUCCUAGGGGAGGGAAGCUGUCAAACGGAGAUGGAGAGAAAUGAGGCGAAGGCCACGAAGAAGCAGGGAGCCCCGCCCCUCCGCCAUAGCGGCCUCGGGCGCCGCCUCUUCCUUUUCAGCCUCCCACCCUCGCCAGCUUCCGGCGCUGUGGCCUGGCCGGGCUGCGUAGGCUCCCUAGGGAAUAGUCCCCGGGCCCUGGCCUCUCUAGGGUGAGGGGUAGAUGCCUGGUGCCUGGUGGGGACUGUGUCGGGAAGGAGCCGGCCAGAACGGGCUUCAGACACGGCUCGGCUAGCAGACAGCAGUCCCUUGCUUGGGACAGCCCGCGAGGCCUUUGGCCCUGAGAACGCUGGGUCAGAGCGACUUAGCCAAAGCACAGAGAAUGUUAGUUUUAUUCAGAGGGUUCAGGGCUCCAAUUCAGCAGGCUUUCCCAAAUUCUCAGAUAGGGCCCACCUAUCCUAAGCAUACCCAGCAAGAGCAUGCUCUGUCAUUUGAGGAAGUACUGAGCUUGGCGUUGGGAGAUCUGGGUCAUAAUCCUGGCCAGGGAAGAGUGCAUACCCUUGGCCGGGAUGCAGGCUGGUACCAUGUUUCAGAAGGAAGAAACAUGACACCCCCUUUAAGUAGCGUUGGGUGUGUCACUUGACCCUGGUGAACCUCAGUUUCCACAUCCAUAAAAUGGCGAUGGUAAUUAUGCUGGCCUCACAGUGUCUAAUGAGGUCUCUGGGGCCUAUUUAUCUCAUGGGAAAGUAAGAGUGAAACUAGUUGGUCUGCAAGUGUUCUGCCAGUUGAGAGUCUGUGAUUUAGCAAAGGGGUUUUUGGGAAGUGAGGCUGACAAUUAGCUGAGAAGGAGAAUUGACUAGCUUUGUUUUUACUUGGUUUACCUAUAAGCUAAGAAUGGGCUACGAAUCUUCUGUGGUCGCUGAGGCUAGAGCUUGACUCUGCAGAGAGGAAAGGAAGAAUGCAAACCUGGUCAAGAGGCCAGGUGCGUUAAGUGCUUUUCUGUUCCCAACGUCUCUUCUGCAUGUGGGUGGGAAGCCAAUGAAGGGAAAAAGAGCGAAUUCACCCUAGGGUAGGGAAGGAUAGCUGUGUGAGGCUGGGUGUGUCUGUUUCCGUGAUUUCUUUCGAUUCAGCGAGUCAUACUUUGGAAAUGUUGGGUAGAUUCGCAAACUACCGCUGCUCUCUGGGGUUUUCAGAAGCUUGCCUUUGAACUGAAUUUUCGUGAGCGAACCGGUGUGAAGUUGGCGGCCCCUCCCUUCCUUCAGGCCCCCUGGAGAUGGAGUAAGCAUCAGGCGCCCCCUUGUGCUGCGGUAGGAGUACUGUUGCUGUUGGCCAACCUUGCUCCCUUUCUGGGGAAAUUUGAUUUUCCUGUGGCUUCUGUGACUUUGUUGUCUUGCUCUUAACAUGGAGACAUAUAUCUAGUCAGUGAACUGGUGAUGCUGUAUCCUGUCCCUGCCAUUUCCAUUCAUUCAGAACAUAGGUUUAAGAUGCCUAUUUGUAUGUUAGGCCCUGAGGAUAUGGUUGUGACAUAAAGCACUUGCCCUCACCAGCAACUUAAAUAAACACUAGCAAUAAAUACGACAGGGCAGAGGGCAAUAAGAGCAUAUUAUGAAAGCAUAGCACAUAGUCUAGUGAGGAUCAGAGAAGAAUUCCAGAAACAAGUGAUAACCAACGUAAAGGCCAGAUAAGAAAGAAGAGUUUUCCAGCCCUUCUUGUUAAAUUUCUCAGUUUAAAUAUCUUUUUCUUAUAGUUCUUCACCCCAGAUCGAUGAGCUGCCUCUGAUGCUCUUGCUCUCCUUUUGGAUUUCUCAGGCUGGUGUUUGAAAGUUCUGUAGGAGCCAUUGCUACUUCUUUUAGCCCAAAGAAUUGUAAAAAAAAAAAAGUCUUAAAGUGCAUUCUUUACCUCAGAAUGGCUUUGCAGUUGUUUAUACAUUGCUGCCAUUCCUACAAAGAGAUGGAAAUAACAGUUUUCUACAUCUCUGGUAGUCAACUCUGUCUUCACCCUAAGUUUGUUUCAGCAGUGUGAGCUGGCUGAAGUCCUGCUGAGUGGUGGUUUUCUUUUCCUUCUCCACUUAAUUUAACAGACCAGCUGAACACACAUCAAAGAGCUAAGCUGGAGUGUGUAGUCAUUAUGGUCUUCCAGUAUGGUUUUAUGUCCCACUUUUGGGCCUCUGGUUUGGGACCUAGUUUAUUAUUCUGGGCAAGAGGAAAAGGGCACACACCAAAUAAUAGCAGCUACAACAUAGAUUUGUGUAGUACUUCACACUUUGGUCCAUUUCACUGUUAUGACAAUUUUGUGAGAUAGGCAAAAGAAAAAGACUGAUCUCAUUUUUUACGUAAAGAACUGAGGCUCAGAGGUACUAAAGAGAACUUGUAAGUGACAGAGUCAGAACUUGAACCCAGGUCUUUAGUCCAUAGGAGCACUCAACAGGCUUUUAAAUAUUUUCUGUGAGCUUAGCUUUCUUUCCAGCUUUAUGCGUAUCCGUGUGGAACUUUUCCGACAAGAAUACAGUGCUUCAGAGUGACACCUAGUGAACCCUUCUGCCUUCAGGAUUCUUUUCCCUCAUCUGGGAAGUUAGAGUUUAGAAGCCUGAGAGAGCUCAGUCCUGGUAGCAACACCCCUGAAUUCCUGGUGAUGAGAGGAUGUGGCCCCUGGACCCAUCCCGGAAGGAGGUGCUGAGGUUUGCAGUCAGCUGCCGUGUCCUGACUCUGAUGCUGCAGGCCAUCUUCAAUGCCAUCAUCCCAGAUCACCAUGCAGAAGCCUUCUGUCCUCCUCGACUAGCCCCCUCAGGCUCUGUGGACCAACUUGUGGAAGGUCUUCUAGGUGGCCUGUCUCGUUGGGAUGCUGAACACUUCCUGUUCAUUGCCGAGCAUGGGUACCUGUAUGAGCACAACUUUGCCUUCUUUCCUGGUUUCCCCUUGGCCCUGCUGAUGACGACUGAACUACUGAGACCUUUGCGGGGAUUCUUGAGCCUCCGGAGUUGCCUGCUGAUUUCAGUAGCAUUGCUUAAUUCCUUGUUCUCUGUGCUGGCCGCAGUCGCACUUCAUGACCUAGGCUGUCUGGUUUUGCACUGUCCCCGCCAGGCCUUUUACGCAGCACUGCUCUUCUGCCUCAGCCCUGCCAAUGUCUUCCUGGCAGCUGGUUACUCAGAAGCUUUGUUUGCCCUCCUGACAUUCAGUGCCAUGGGGCAGCUGGAGAGGGGCCGAGUCUGGACUAGUGGACUCCUCUUUGCCCUUGCCACUGGUGUGCGCUCCAAUGGGUUGGUCAGUGUUGGCUUCCUCAUGCAUUCUCAAUGUCGAGGCUUUUUCUCUUCUCUUACGGUGCUGAAUCCCCUGAGACAACUCUUGAAGCUGAUGGCCUCUCUGUUUCUGUCAGUGCUUACACUUGGCCUUCCCUUUGCCCUUUUUCAGUAUUAUGCCUACACUCAAUUCUGUCUGCCAGGCUCGGCUCACCCCAUUCCUGAGCCCUUGGUACAGUUAGCUAUGGACAAGGGCUACCGGAUUGCAGAGGGAAAUGAGCCGCCUUGGUGCUCCUGGGACCUUCCCCUGAUAUAUAGCUAUAUCCAGGAUGUCUACUGGAAUGUUGGCUUUUUGAAAUACUAUGAGCUCAGACAGGCGCCCAAUUUUCUGUUGGCCACACCAGUGGCUAUACUGGUUGCCUGGGCAACAUGGACAUACGUGACCACCCACCCUUGGCUCUGCCUUACACUUGGGCUACAAAGAAGCAAGAACAGUAAGACCUUAGAGAAGCCUGGUCCUGGAUUUCUCAGUCCUCAAGUGUUUGUGUACCUGGUCCACGCUGCGGUGUUGCUGCUGUUUGGAAGUUUGUGCAUGCAUGUUCAGGUCCUCACCAGGUUUUUGGGGUCCUCCACUCCCAUUGUGUACUGGUUUCCAGCUCACUUGCUUCAGGAUCAAGAGCCACUGUUGAGAUCUCUAGAGACUGUGCUUUGGAAGCCUCCUGCAGGAGACUCCCCACCAGGACGAAAGGUCCCCAGAAAUUCUAUCAUGGGACUUUUGUACAACUGGAAGACCUGUUCUCCAGUCACACGAUACAUUCUAGGCUACUUCCUGAGUUACUGGCUCCUGGGACUACUCCUACAUUGCAACUUCCUGCCUUGGACAUGACUUGGAAUCUCCAGGGACAGUCUGGAAGCCAGCUUUACUCAGGGAUCUGAAAGUAAAAAUACACAUUGGGACUUCC